AUGUCAUCACCCUCUAUGCCUCAGGUCCACGGCGAGACACGCAUCGCACUCGAUGUCGUCGUCGAAGACGGACAUGUCGUGUUCGACGCCAACGACACGCGGCAGCGCAUCCCCGUCGAGGAAAUCAUCGCCAUCUUCCCACUCCGCAUCCCCGUCGACGCUGCGGCGCCGCGCUACAUCCUCGUCCACCUUCACGAGGAUGCAUCCAGCGCAGACACCCCGUACCGCAUCGGCAGCUUCGUCGCCGACACCCUGCCCCGAGAGCUGCUCGACCAACAUCUGCUCUCGUCGUGGCCACGCCACCUUCACCGAGACAGGACCAUCCACGUCGUCGUCUCCACAGGUUCCGGCCUCGGCAUGGCAUCCACGUUCUGGACCCUAGCACUCCAGCCCCUCCUCCGUUUCCUGCUCGACCAGGUCCACGACGUCGACAACGACGCCGACAAGGUCCAUGACAGCUACCACCUGCUUGUCACCAAGACGGCGCACUGCGUCAAGGACUUUGCCGAAACCCGCUGGGCCGCCCGCCCUGCAGCACCUCUCGCCACCACUACCACCACCACUACCACCACCACCACCAUCACAGCAGCAGCAACAGCAGCAUCGUCACCGCAAAAUGAGACCAUCAUCCUCCUCAGCGGCGACGGCGGCAUCGUCGACCUCCUCAACGGCACAACCUCGCCCUCGCCACCCCCCGGUCCGCGACCCUCCCUCGUCCUCGUCCCCCUCGGCACAGCCAACGCCCUCUUCCACUCCCUCCACAAACCCCUCUACGCCCUGCCGCAAAGCCCCUCGCCCCUCGUCCUCGCCCUGCGCACCCUGGCCCGCGGCACGCCCGCCCCGCUGCCCUCCUUCCUGGCCUCGUUUCCCCAGGGCGCGACUCUCGUGAGCAGCGACCCCUCGACCUCUGUCGCGCCCCCAAUCGCCACCCUCCACGGCGCCAUUGUCGCCAGCUACGGCCUCCACGCCCAGCUCGUCUGGGAAUCCGACACGCCCGCCUACCGCGCCCACGGCGCCGCCCGUUUCGGCAUGGUCGCCGCCGCCCUGCUCGCCGAGUCGCACGCCUACCUGGCCGACGUCGACGGCGCUCCCGCCCCGGCCCCCGCCCCGGCCGCCGGUGGCGGUGGCGGCUGGGGCUACGUGCUCGCGACCCUCGUGUCGAGCCUCGAGCGCACCUUUACCAUUUCGCCCGACAGCGCGCCACUCGGCCGCCGCCUGCGAGUCGUGCGGUUCGGCGCCCUCGGCGGCGAGCGCACCAUGGACAUCAUGAAGGCGGCGUAUGACGGCGGCCGGCACGUCGCCAUGGACGACGUUGCGUACGAGGAGGUUGAGGCCCUCACGGUCACAGUCCGGGAGGAGGACGCGCGGUGGCGCAAGGUCUGUGUCGAUGGCACUAUUGUCGAGGUGCCCGUGGGUGGCAGUUUUGAGGUCCGGACCGUCGAGGGGGCACUGUUUGAUGUUGUCGUCGAUCCCUUGAUCGCGGGUUCUCCUUGA